AUGCGUCUCUCUCUACCUAUUCUCGUCGCCCUGGGCGCGACCGCUUCAGCCCGCCCAGGUUCAUCCUUGAAAGAGCGCGGAACAGCCGCUAUCCAAGCAUACACAAGCUGGCAACUCCGCCUCUUCAACGCAGCAGUACCAACCUGCGACCCGAACAGCUCAAACAUCAAUCUAAGCAUCUACACACGCUCAGCCCGCUACGGCCGCGUCUGCGAAGCGUUUUCAGCUGCAGACACGAACGACGGAUCUGUGCCGAAGAGUCUCUCUUUUAAGACGAGUCUUGAUGGAGACGACGGGAAGGACUUUUGCAUGUUUAGCUCGUCGAAUUGUACGGCUGAGACUCUGAUUGCUAGUAUUACCUCCGGCUGGGAGGUUUGUUAUCCUUAUAAUGGAUUUGCGGCGUAUAGUGUUGUUGAUCAUGGGGCGGCUUGUGUUUGA